AUGUUCUCUUUCUAUUUGAUAACUAGUGUCUAUUACUUUUGGAUUUUUACCUCAGUGGAUGCAGCCACUAUCCCUGUGGAUCUGAGUCAUCGAGAAUCGGCUUCUCAUGACUAUACUCUAAUAAAUCGUUUGCUGAAUCUAUGGCGAGGCAAGGGAAUUGAGUACAAUUUUAAUACAGGUAGUAAAAUAUAUUUUGACUCUGCGAAGAAUGAUAUGAUAAUACCCAAUAGAUACAUUGUACUUUUUAAGGAUUUUGUUACCGAUAAGGAGAUACAAAGCCAUCUAAGUGCAAUUGAAGAAAUUAAUAGCUCUUCUAUUUUUCUACAAGAUAGUGACUUCGGUAAAGCUACACAGUAUAAUGAUAUUUCAACCAGAGGGAUUGGCCUACAGCAUGAAUUUAGUAUCGGAAGAUCCAUGACAGGUUAUAUUGGAUAUUUCACGGAAACUACAGCCAAAUUUAUUGCUAAUAGUCCUUUAGUUGAGUUGGUAGAACAUGACUCUAUAGUAAGAAUCAAUAAUUACAAGAUGCAGGAACAUGUGCCUUGGGGUUUGGGACGUAUCUCUCAACGUGAGAAGUUGCCAAUCCUGGGUAAGCGCUUUUACCAUUAUGACGACAGAGGAGGUAAGGAUACGGUUACGUUUGUGAUAGAUACUGGAAUUUAUGUGGAUCAUGAAGAUUUUGAAGGUCGCGCUUCUUGGGGCAAGACUAUUGUCGAGAAUGACAAUGAUUACGAUUUGAAUGGUCAUGGAACGCAUUGUGCAGGCACAAUAGCAUCCAAACAUUAUGGCAUUGCUAAGCAGGCAGAAGUGAUCGCAGUAAAAGUAUUAAGAUCUGAUGGAAGUGGGUCAAUGUCAGAUGUUAUUAGAGGUGUAGAAUAUACAGUCGAGGCUUAUAAUGAUCUUAAAAAAACCAAGAGCAAUUUGAAAGGUGCCGCUGGAAAUAUGUCAUUAGGAGCAUGGAAGUCAUAUGCCUUGAAUAGAGCUAUGGAUGCAGCCGCAGCUGCAGGUAUCAGCUUCGCAGUGGCAGCUGGCAAUGAAAGUGAUGAUGCUUGUAAUUCUUCCCCUGCGUCAGCAUGGUCACCCAUAACAGUGGGAGGUUCAACUUUAAGCGAUGAUGUAGCAUUCUUUUCCAAUUACGGGAGAUGCGUGGACAUAUUUGCUCCUGGGGUUAACAUAAUGUCCACAUACAUUGGCAGUAAAAAUGCAACUGAAAGCCUCUCAGGCACAUCCAUGUCUUCACCACAUGUUGCAGGUGUACUUGCAUACUAUUUGUCUUUACAACCCGAUCAUAAAAGUCAAUUCUACCAUGAACACAGUGCCAUUUCACCCAAAAUUCUCAAGAAAAAAGUUUUAAAUUAUGCUACUAAUGGAACCUUAAGUUAUCUGCCUGCUGAAACCGUUAACCUUUUGGUAUAUAAUGGUGGUGGUAAGAACUUAUCAAAGUUCUGGGGUACUUAA